CCGCUUCCGGCGCGCGGGAGUGACGUCAGGCCACACACAGCGCGAGCCAGGGACUCUGCCGCGCGGCAGUGACGUCACCGGCGCCGAGAUGCCGGCUGAGAUGGAGGUUCGGAAGAUGCUGGUCCUCUUCGGCAGCCAGACAGGAACGGCUCAAGAUGCGGCUGAAAGGGUCGGCCGGGAGGCCAAGCGGCAUCGCUUCCAGUGCAAAGUGGAGGCCCUGGACGACUACAGCGUGGCUUCCCUCAUCCAUGAGCCACUGGUGGUAUUUGUCUGUGCAACAACAGGGCAAGGAGAUCCUCCUGAUAACAUGAAGAAUUUCUGGCGGUUCAUCUUCCGGAAGAACUUGCCCCCCAGUUCCCUUUGUCAGAUGGAUUAUGCCGUUCUGGGGCUUGGAGAUUCCUCAUAUCCCAAGUUCAACUUCGUGGCCAAGAAACUGCACAAGCGGCUGCUGCAACUGGGGGGCCACCCCUUGACCCCCGUUGCCCUGGGGGAUGACCGCCAUGACCUUGGCCCGGAUGCGGUGAUUGACCCCUGGCUGCUGGACUUGUGGGGCAAGGUCCUGGCGCUGCACCCCUUACCUCCCGGCCUCCAAAUAAUCAGCCCAGAAACCAUUUUGCCGCCCAAAUUCACCUUCCAGUUUCUGGAAGAAGAAGAAGAAGAAGGCAGCACCACUUGCGAGGAGGAGCAGCCCCUUCGGGACCACCCUUCAGAGCUGUGCCCUUUUGCUUCUCGGAUGGUGUCCAAUCGGCGCGUGACGUCUGAAUCGCACUUCCAAGACGUCCGCCUCAUUGAGUUCGACAUCGCCGGCUCUGGGUUCGAGUACACCGCGGGCGACGUGGUCAUGAUCCAGCCCCGCAACCCUCCCGAGGAAGUGCAGCUCUUCUGCCGCCUCCUGCGUUUGGACCCGGAGAGGCGCUUUGUCCUGAGGCCGACCGAACCAGGUUCUUCGCUCCCUGCCCAGCUGCCCCAGCCCUGCUCCGUCCGUCACCUGGUCACCCAUUACCUGGACAUCACCUGUGUCCCCCGGCGCUCCUUCUUCGAGCUCCUCUCCCAUUUCUCCACGGACGACUUGGAGCGAGAGAAGCUGCGGGAGUUCAGCUCCGCUCAGGGCCAGGAGGACCUCUACGCUUACUGCAACCGCCCACGCAGGACCACCCUGGAGGUCCUCAGCGACUUCCCCCACACGACGUGUGCAAUCCCCUGCGACUAUCUCUUCGACCUCAUUCCACGGAUCAGGCCCCGGGCCUUCUCCAUUGCGUCCUCCAUGCUGGUCCGUCCCGACCGCCUGGAGAUCCUCCUGGCCGUGGUCCAGUACAAGACCUUCCUCAGCCGGCCCCGGCGCGGCCUCUGCUCCACCUGGCUGGCCUCCCUUGACCCCCAGAACGGGUCCGUCCGGGUUCCUCUCUGGGUGAAGAAAGGCGGGAUGAAAUUCCCCAAAGACCCGGAGACCCCUGUGAUCCUGAUUGGGCCUGGCACCGGCGUGGCACCUUUCCGAGCCGCCGUCCAGGAGAGAGUGGCCCAAGGCAAACAAGGAAACAUUCUGUUCUUCGGCUGCCGCCAGAAAAGCCAGGAUUUCUUCUGCCGGGAGGAAUGGGAGGCGCUGGUGGAGCAGGGCUCCCUGGUGCUCUUUGUGGCCUUCUCCCGGGAUCAGGAGGAGAAGAUCUACGUCCAGCACCGUCUCCGGGAGAACAAGGCCCUCGUGUGGGACCUGGUGAAGCAUCAAGGCAGCCACAUCUACCUGGCCGGGAACGCCAAGCAGAUGCCGGAGGGGGUGUCCAAUGCCUUGGUCUCCGUCUUCCAGUCGGAAGGAGGCCUCUCUGCUCCGGAAGCCCAGGAAUAUCUCCAAAACAUGGAACGCGAGGGCCGCUUCCAGGCCGAGACCUGGUCUUGAAUGGACCUUGCGGAGACCCAGGCUGUGUGGCCAUGCUCCAGAAGUAUUCUCUCCUGACGUUUCGCCCACAUCUAUGGCAGGCAUCCUCAGAGGUUGUGAGGCAUGGAUAAACUAGGUAAGGAAGGUAAAUAUAGUCCAGGGUGUGACAAGAGUCCUUUUUCAGUUGGAAUCCAGCGUUAAUGUUGCAAUUAAUCACCCUAAUUAGCAUUGGAAAGGUUUGUCUCUUGCCUGGGGAGCAUCCUUUGUUCAGAGUCAUUAGCCGUCCCUGGGGCUCCUCUGCCCUCAGAGUGUUGCUUCCCAUCUACGGUUUUGAUUUUUGAGUUUUUUAAUAGCCAGAUUUUGUUCAUUUUCAUGGUUUCCUCCUUUCUGUUGAAGUUGUCCACAUGCUUGUGGAUUUCAAUGGCUUCUCUGUGUCAUCUGACAUGAUAGUUGUUGGAGUGGUCAAGCAUUUUUGUGUUCUCAAAUAAUAUCCUGUGUCCAGGUUGGUUCAUCAAGUGCUCUGUUAUGGCUGAUUUCUCUGGUUGAGUGAGUCUGCAGUGCUUUGUGCUUUCAUGUUCUUUGACUCGUGUUUGGGCAAUGCUACAUUUGGUGGUCUCUAUGUAGACUUGUCCACAGCUGCAUGGAUAUAUGUUUACCUUACUUGCCUAGUUUAUCCAUGCCUCACAACCUCUGAGGAUGCCUGCCAUAGAUGUGGGUGAAACGUUAGGAGAGAAUACUUCUAGAACAUGGCCAUAUACCCUGGGAAACAUACAACAACAUAGAGCCUGCCAUUGUCACACACACAAUAGUGUUUUGAAUCCGACCCCCGCUUGGACCUUCUUCCUUGGCCCAUGCUCUCCUUUGUUGUCUUUGCAGAUAGGGAUGGCUUUAGGGUGGGCCGCGUGGGGGUCUUUCCCCUAUAUUUUAUGCCACACACACUUCCAGCAUAGCAAACCAUAGGGGGCUCAGUCAGUGGGUGAUUUAGCCUGUGUUUUCUGGUCAGUGCCUGCUUUUAUUUGGAGAUUGAUAAGGCUUGUCCUAGUGUAAGCCGCCCCUAGUCCUUCGGGAGAUGGAGCAGGGUAUAAAUAAAGUUUUAUUUAUUUAUUA